AUUCUUGGGAAUUUUUCGUUCACCGUUUGUUCGGGUCGGGUCUCUAUUACGGAUAGAACUUCCGGGGAGAGCGUCAUCCUACUUUACAUACACGCCUUUUCCCAUGCCCGAGUAUACCUGGUCCCCACAUAUUACCUAGGAAGGUAUUGAUUGUAUUACUCCGUAUAUCGCUUUCAAGAAGAUUUGUCUGAGAAUGUUUGAGCCGCAGGAUUUGAUCUUUAUGACAACUUCCAUGUGGAAUAUGAGAAGCAUCAUGAUAGAUGUUGAUUCUUCCCAUACACUUUUACAGAUUAGGAAUAUAUAGUAUAUGCUUACUAUACACUCACAGUCUCAUAACCUCACACAUAUAUUGAUAAAUAUAUCGAUCCCGAUCUCAAGCCCCAGCCCCAGCCCCAGCCCCAGCCCAAGCUUAAACCUGACAUCCAGGAACUCAGGGACUCAGGGACUUGGAAAGUCUCUCCAUUGAGUGGAAAAUUGAAGAUCUUCCCCUCUUUCGACAACACUAACAACACUAGCAACAGUACUUGGCUGUAAUUAAGACCAACUAAGAUUCCAUGCACGUCGUCUAAUGAUCAUAGACCACCGGUACUACUACUUGGCUUCCUCAUCAUACAACAUUUCGACAGGAAGUACUUCUACCUAGCUUACUGGGUAGCAUUUAGCUUUCCCGCAAAUACUGGGGAAGCUCGACGGAGCAACUCUUUUCGUACUUUCUCUCCUUCUUGGUAUGCGGCCCCAUCUUCGAUUAUCAUGACAAACGAUUCAGAGAAGAUGGCAAAAUGCAGAAUCCACAGACAUAUAUAAAGUAUUUGAUUGUCCCGCAUGAUCUCAGUACAAUCACAUUAUUCCUCUCUUUAUUUUUUGAGGCUAUACCCAAUAAUUUUAAUUACAUCACCAGUUGUUAUCAUAAUUGGUGGUAGACCUUUCUCAAGAUGCGGUAUUCACUAGUCGUUGCCGGGUUACUGGCCGCAGCUACUCCCAGUCAACAAGCAACUACAUCACAUCGCACAAAACAAUCACGACAGGUUUGUCACUCCCAUCCAUAACCUUUUCCUCCUUUGCCUUCCUUCCUUUCGCAUGCCACGAACCAUAUUUUUCUGCACAAUUACCAACUGCAUCAACUCAAAAAAUAAACAUUCCUUUCUCUAUCACUACUUUUCAUAAUUACAAUCAUUUCAUAAAUUACGUUACACUCUCACCACCAUGAAGAGUCUACUGGACCUCGUCCUUGUUCUUACCGGUGUAAUAAAUGGUGAUAGAUCGUUACUAACUCUUGGUACAAAGUCAAUAAAUUCUACAUAUCCUGGCGGAGUCGACCCUGCUGCUGAAGCCGGUACACUAUUCGGUCAAACCAGUGAUCCAUUUUACCCUUCACCAUGGAUGAAUCCAAAUACGGGUGGUUGGGAAGAUGCUUAUGCCAAGGCCAAGGAUUUUGUUUCUCAACUUACGUUGAUGGAGAAGGUUAACUUGACUACCGGUGUUGGGUAAGUUUGUGGAUAUUUGAUAUCGAUGAAUCAAAGGCUGAUGAUUAUUUAGUUGGGAAGGUGAACAAUGUGUUGGUCAAGCAGGAUCUGUUCCUCGACUUGGUUUCAGAUCAAUGUGUAUGCAAGAUUCACCAGUGGGUGUUCGUGAUACCGACUUCAACUCGGUAUUCUCUAGUGGUCAAUCGGUUGCAGCCACUUUUGAUCGUGGUUUGAUGUACGCUCGAGGAUAUGCUAUGGGUAGGUUCACUUCUUAAUAAUUGAUUCAUACGCCUCUUUUGGCCAAAGCUAAUUAAUUAUAUAGGUCAAGAACACAAAGCAAAGGGUGUGACUGUUCAACUUGGUCCAGUUGCUGGUCCCCUCGGUCGUGCGCCACAAGGUGGACGCAAUUGGGAAGGAUUUAGUCCAGAUCCUGUCUUGACAGGUAUUGGAAUGGCUGAAACCAUUAAAGGUAUUCAAGAUGCUGGUAUCAUUGCUUGUGCUAAGCAUUUCAUUGGUAACGAACAGGUAUGUGCACCCUUCCUCUCCCGUCAUGAAUGUAUGGCAUACUUUUAGUUUUGGUAACUAACAUGAAUUCAGGAACAUUUCCGUCAGGCUCCCGAAGCACAAGGCUACGGUUACAACAUUACCGAAUCCUCAUCAUCAAAUAUUGAUGAUGUAACUAUGCAUGAAACCUACCUAUGGCCAUUCGCCGACGCAGUUCGCGCUGGUGUUGGUUCCAUCAUGUGUUCUUACAAUCAGGUCAACAACUCUUAUUCUUGUCAAAACUCCAAGAUGCUCAACAACUUACUCAAGGAUGAGCUUGGAUUUCAAGGAUUCGUUAUGAGUGAUUGGCAAGCUCAACAUACUGGAGCAGCUUCUGCAGUGGCUGGAUUAGAUAUGACCAUGCCCGGUGACACUGUUUUCAACAGUGGAGAAACUUUCUGGGGAACCAACCUUACAUUAGCAGUCGUCAACGGCACUGUUCCAGAAUGGAGAAUUGAUGAUAUGGCGAUGAGAAUCAUGGCUGCCUACUUCAAGGUUGGUUUAACUCUCGACGAGCCAGAGAUCAACUUUUCCUCAUGGACUCUUGAUACAUAUGGACCACUCCACUAUGCCGCCAAGAAGGAUAUUCAGAAAAUCAACCACCAUGUCGAUGUUCGAGGAGAUCAUGCAAAGUUGAUUAGAGAUAUCGGAGCUCGAUCAACCGUUCUAUUGAAGAACACCAAAAAUGCGCUUCCUCUUUCAAAACCCAAAUUCCUUGCAGUCAUCGGAGAGGAUGCUGGUCCAAAUGCUUACGGACCUAAUGGAUGCUCUGAUAGGGGUUGCAAUAAUGGUACUCUCGGUAUGGCUUGGGGCUCGGGCUCAUCAAACUUCCCAUACCUUGUUACUCCAGAUACUGCUCUUCAAAACCAAGCAAUUGCCGAUGGCACUGUUUAUCAAAGUAUCUUGGAUAACUAUGCUACAUCCGAGAUUGAGGCACUUGUUAGCCAAGAUGUCACAGCCAUCGUUUUCGUGAACGCCAACUCUGGAGAAGGAUAUAUCAGUGUUGAUGGAAACGAAGGUGACCGUAACAACCUUACUCUCUGGCACUCUGGAGACGCAUUGAUCCAAAAUGUUUCUGCCAUUUGCAACAACACUAUCGUCGUUAUUCACUCUACUGGACCUACUUUGGUUGGUGACUGGUAUGAUAACGAGAAUGUUACUGCAAUCUUGUGGGCUGGUGUACCAGGACAAGAAAGUGGAAACAGUCUGACUGACAUUCUGUAUGGAAAAGUCAAUCCUGCUGCACGUACACCAUUCACAUGGGGUCCAACCAGAGAGGGUUAUGGUGCUGAUGUUCUCUACGAUGCAAAUAACGGAGAGGGUGCACCGCAACUCGACUUCACUGAAGGGAACUUCAUCGACUACCGUGCAUUUGAUCGUCAAAACAUUGAACCAAUUUAUGAAUUUGGUUUUGGUCUCUCAUACACCACAUUUGACUACUCUGAUCUGGUUGUUACCAAGAAUACCAAUGCAACCAGCUCUUACACUCCUUCAUCUGGAUUGACUCAAGCUGCUCCAACUUUUGGAAACUUCUCUACAAAUCUCGAUGAUUAUCUUUUCCCCAAUGGUUCAUUCCCAUACGUCUACCAAUACAUCUAUCCAUACCUCAACACAAGCGAUGCCGCUGCGGCCUCCGCAGAUCCGAGAUAUGGUCAAGAAGCUUCUGAAUUCCUUCCACCAAAUGCCACCAACGGUUCUCCUCGACCAGUUCACGCAGCAGGUGGUGCACCGGGUGGAAACCCACAACUCUACGAUGUCCUCUACACCGUCACAGCACAAAUUCACAACUCAGGAGAUAUUGACGGUGAAGAAGUUCCUCAACUCUAUCUUAGCCUCGGUGGACCAAAUGAUCCAGCAGUCGUAUUGAGAGGUUUCGAAAGACUUUCCAUUCCUGCAGGCUCAACUGCAACUUUCAGUGCCGAUUUAACUAGAAGGGAUUUGAGUAACUGGGAUACAGUGGCUCAGAAUUGGUUUAUCAGUAAUUACACCAAGAAGGUUCAUGUAGGAUCUAGUUCGAGGAAAUUACCUUUGACUCAGGACUUAGCUUGAGUUGAAGGUAUGGGAAUGAGAAGGGCAUUGAGAUGAUACUUAAUACUUGAUUGAUUGAUGAUUGGGGUAUAGAAUGGCUUGGGUUCACCAUUUUUGGGGUACGGUUAUGUAAUCUUAGGUACAUAGUUCAUGAAGUUAUGAUUUGAUAGAUUACGAUGAG